AUGCCCAACAUCAGCUCUGUGAGCGAGUUCCUCCUGCUGGCAUUCGCAGACACACGCGAGCUGCAGCUCCUGCACUUUGCGCUCUUCCUGGGCAUCUACCUGGCUGCCUUCCUGGGCAACAGCCUCAUCAUCACCACCGUAGCCUGUGACCACAACCUCCACACCCCCAUGUACUUCUUCCUCCUCAACCUUGCCCUCCUCGACCUGGGCUGCAUCUCCACCACUCUGCCCAAAGCCAUGGCCAAUGCCCUCUGGGACACCAGGGCCAUCUCCUAUCAAGGUUGUGCUGCUCAAGUUCUCUUUUUUGUCUUCUUCUUUGGUUCAGAGUAUUCAAUUCUAACCAUCAUGGCCUACGACCGCUACGUUGCCAUCUGCAAGCCCCUGCACUACGGGAGCCUCCUGGGCAGCAGAGCUUGUGCCCAGAUGGCAGCAGCUGCCUGGGGCAGUGGUUUUCUCAAUGCUGUCCUGCACACAGCCACUACAUUUUCCCUGCCCCUCUGCCAAGGCAACUCUGUAGACCAAUUCUUUUGUCAAAUUCCGCAAAUCGUGAAGCUGUCCUGCUCAGAUGCCUACCUCCAGGAAGUUGAGCUACUUGCGUUCAGUUUUUCUUUUGUAUUUGGUUGUUUUGUUUUCAUUGUGGUGUCCUAUGUGCAGAUCUUCAGGGCAGUGCAGAGGAUACCCUCUGAGCAGGGCCGACACAAAGCCUUUUCCACGUGCCUCCCUCACUUGGCCGUGGUCUCUCUGUUUGUCAGUACAGACAUGUUUGCCUACCUGAAGCCCCCCUCCCUCUCUUCCCCAUCCCUGGACCUUGUGGUGGCAGUUCUGUACUCAGUGUUGCCUCCAGCAGUGAAUCCCCUCAUCUACAGCAUGAGGAACCAGGAUCUCAAGGAUGCCUUGAGGAGACUGAUGACUAGAGAUGUUUCAAAAUCAAAAAAUAGCCCCUUUUCUUCUGCAUAUGACCCAGAAUGCAUUGCACAGAUACACACAUAG